CUAGGUAACUAUAAUAUCGUACCACGAACAUAAUAAUUGAUAUUAAAAAAAAACAAUGUGCACAGUGUCAAUCGAUCAGGGAUUCCCCCAAAAUUUAAUACCCCGUUCGCGCAUAACCAACGCUAGUCAGGGGAUUCCCUCGAUAUAGCGCUCGUCACUUGUAUUGUGGAUUGGGCUUCUUUUGUUUCCGACCGCAUUCAUUUCAAUAUUCGCUUACGUGAACGUGUGAAAGUCUAGUGCAAAGUGUUUGUUAAUUAUUAGAUAUUAUAAACAACAUUUUUUGUAUAAAAGUCGAUUCUUGAAGAAAAUAAACAAGAAUACCCAGAACGAAAUAUGCCUCGGGGAAUUCAUACUUCGAAAAGACAAAGCGGGUUUCAACAGAGAAAAGCCAAAAAGGCUAAAAUGGAUGAAAUUCAGAGCAUGUCCGGUUCUCUUUUCAAAUAUGUCACAAAAGCAGAUAGCGGCCAAAGUUCAAGUAAAGUACCCGAGUCUCCUGCUGACGAAAGUAAUGAUUCACAUCUUGGAGACUCACAUUCAGAUAGCAACAUCGACAAUACAGAAUCAAUGAAGACGACCCAGGACCUUGACGGAAUCAAAAUAAAUAAUGAAAAUGACGCCGUUAAUGCUACUUUCGGAGAUAGCAUUAGCUUUGAAGAAUCAGUUCAACACUUGAGAGAUGUUUCACAUUGGAGUUUACCGGUACCUGAUAAUGUUCGCAUUGACAUAAUAAAAAAGGGCAGUGAACAUUUCCAGAACAAAGAAGGACCGUUUCCUACUGUAUCUCGUCAUGGUUCAAAGAUUAAAGGUGAUUCUCGUCAUCUUUCACAGGAAUGGUUUUAUAAACCGAUGCCUAGUGGUGAAAAAAUUCUACGAUCAUGGAUGGUAUUUUCUCCUAUAUCAAAUAACCUGUACUGUUUUUGCUGUCGUUUAUUUGCUGUCAGUAACAUACAAACAACAUUUACAACUGGAUUUCAGAAGUGGUGGAAACUAAAUCCUAAAGUAUUGGACCAUGAAACUUCAUGUGAACAUUUAGAAAAUUUCGAAAAGUGGAAAAAAACAAUAAAGCAAUUUUUAUUGGUUGUAUAGAUCAUUCAAUUAAUUUAUGCGGCCAACAUUCGUUCGCACAAAAUGUGACUUGUGUUACAUUUUUCGGAGCAGUGGAAACAAUAUUUAACUUUUUUUCAACUUCCACAAGUCGUUGGGAAGUGCUCCUCAAUCACAGCAAAGCAUCUGUUAAAAGACUUUCGACAACGCGAUGGAGUGCUCAUUACGGUGCAGUAAAAGUAUUGGCUGAAAAUUUUGAUGGGAUAAUAUCUGCAAUUGAGG